AUGGCUCUUCCAACCUUCCGCUCGCUCGCUGCUAGACGGCAGAAUAAGAAGCAGGAGGAACAAACUGGAGCUGCCAAUGGAGGAGUAGUAAGAGACGAGAACUCAGAACGAACCCUCACACCAACCUAUACCCCCGGCGUAGACGUCAAACUCGCAACCAAGACCCGAAAGACCUGGAUCUAUGCCUCGUGUCUAUUCUUCUUCAUCUCCGUCAUCUUCUUGAUCCUCACCCUCAUCGGAAACAUCAACAACAAGCCCGUCAUCCGCUCAACCUUCUUCUACAAACUCAACCUCGCAGACAUCAUCCCCGCCUCCUCGCCCUCCGACAUAAUCUUCACCAACUCCCUCGCCCGCUCCCUCGGCCUGCACGACUUCUACCAAGUCGGCCUCUGGAACUUCUGCGAGGGCUACAACAACGAAGGAAUCACCCAUUGCUCCAAACCCACCACUCUCUACUGGUUCAACCCCGUUGAGACGCUUCUCAAUGAAUUAUUAUCUGGGGCUACGAUCGCACUGCCGGCGGAGAUCAAUAAUAUCCUGAAGUUGAUCAAGAUUGCUUCCCAUGUCAUGUUUGGAUUCUUCCUCACGGGAAUAUGCAUGAAUUUCGUCUCUAUAUUCCUCGCUCCCAUCACGCUGUACUCAAGAUGGUGGUCCCUCCCCUUCGCGAUCUGGACGUUCAUCGCGGCGCUGCUCACGACGGCCGCCUCGGUCAUCGGGACGGUGAUGUCGGUCAUCUUCCGCAACGUGGCGACGUCGCAGUCGGGGCUGAAUAUCGGGGCCGAGAUUGGGACGGAUAUGUUCGCGUUUAUGUGGGUGGCGAGCGCGUUUAGCAUCUUUGGGUGGUUGAUCCAUCUUUGUCUCAUGUGCUGUUGUACGAGUCGGAGGGAUGUGAGGACGGGGAGGAGGAAGGGCAGGAGGAGCGCGUAUGGGGAUGUGGGGAGUGAUGAGAAGAAGAGGGCUACGGCGGGGGGGAGGAGGUGGGCGCAGAUGCCGAAGUUUGGGAGGAAGAAGAGUGAGGGGGAGGUGGUGUAA